GACUGCCCCCAGGAAGAAAUGGGAGGUUAAAAGGCUGGGAGGAAUGGGGUUGAGAGCGGAUUUGGGUAGAUUUCAGCUAGCGCUUGGUCUGGGGAGGGCCCGUCUACUGACGCAUCUGUGCUUGCUGCUGGGAGGUGGGGGUGGAGAGGGAUUAAGUGGUGCGCGGGGCAGGUGAGCUGCCCUCCAGGUGCCUCCUGCUGCGGACAUUCCUGUGGGCUGGAGGUGGCCAGGGAGCCGCAGGAGCUGAGGGGUGCCUGCAGCAGGUGGGCUGCUGCUAGUGCCUUGCCGGGGCGCGCAGCGGGCUGGGAGCGGGGCUGCCCCUGCCUCCCCUCCACGUGCAGCCCGCAGCAGGUGAGCGGAGGUGGCGCCUGGGAUCAGGUGAGCGGCUGACAGGCUGCCGCCGGCCGGGGCGCUAGGCUAACCGCGGGCUUUGCUCCGCCCCCCGGCGCAGCUGGCGGCGCUCGGGGCGCUCCCGGGGCGCAGCCCUGUCCUGUCCUGUGCGCGGCGAGCGGGCGGGCGGGCUGUCGGUCGGGCUGUGCAAUCACAUGGUGCGCUAAGAAUGCUCCAAAGAUGGCGGUAGCGGUAGCGGCAGCGGCGGUCGGAGCCGGUGGCGGCGGCCGGGCGCAGCAGCGGAGCGGCUGGCUGGAAGUCCUGGUGUGGGACCGCUGGCACAAAGUCCUGGCCAACUUGGGCGAGGAUGCCCUGGUGCUGAGCUGCGAGGAGCGCUUCGACGGCGCAGCCCACAACGGCGUCGGGGCCAGCGGCAACGGGGCGCCUUGCCGAGGGGCUGCCGCUGGCCGCGGGAGCCAGCCGGGCGCCGCGGGCAACCCCGGCGGGGCGGCCGAGUCCCCGGGCGGCGGCGGCAGCAGCAGCCCCAAGCCGGGGGGUGGCCCCGGGGUGCGCACCGCCUUCACCGAGCUCCCCGAGCAAGUGCCCGACGCCAUCUCCAACAAGAAGCGGUGCGUGAAGGUGCAGAAGCAGGAGCUGGGCGGGCUGGGCAUCAGCAUCAAGGGCGGCAAGGAGAACAAGAUGCCCAUCCUCAUCAGCAAGAUCUUCAAGGGGCUGGCGGCCGACCAGACCCAGGCCCUCUACGUGGGCGAUGCCAUCCUGGCCGUGAACGGGACGGACCUGCGGGACGCCACCCACGACGAGGCGGUGCAGGCGCUCAAGCGGGCGGGCAAGGAGGUGCUGCUGGAAGUGAAGUACAUGCGAGAAGCAACCCCAUAUGUGAAGAAAGGUUCUCCAGUUUCAGAAAUUGGGUGGGAAACGCCUCCACCUGAAUCACCACGGUUGGGAGGUGUAUCCUCUGACCCACUGUCGCAGCUUUCUCUCGUCAUCCACAGAGACAAAAAAACAAUUCCACUCAAAAUGUGCUACGUGACGCGCAACAUGACUGUGUCGGAUCCUGAAAACAGGCUUCUUGAAAUCCAUUCACCUGAUGCCAAGCACACUGUGGUUCUAAGGAGUAAGGAUUCAGCCACAGCCCAGGCCUGGUUCAAUGCUAUCCACUCCAGUGUGAGUGACCUUAUUCCCAGGGUGAUUUCAGAGGUGAAAGACCAGCUGGGUAAAACCGGGAUCGCUGGAAGUCGAGAGAUUAGGCAUCUAGGCUGGCUUGCAGAAAAGGUGCCAGGAGAGAAUGAGAAGCACUGGAAGCCAGCACUGGUUGUACUGACCGAGAAAGACCUUUUAAUAUAUGACAGCAUGCCACGAAUGAAAGAAGCUUGGUUCAGCCCUCUCCAUACUUACCCUCUGCUAGCCACCAGGUUGGUCCAUUCAGGUCCAGGUAAAGGAUCCCCACAAUCUGGGGUGGAUUUAUCUUUUGCAACACGCACUGGUACAAGGCAAGGGAUUGAAACCCAUCUCUUCAGGACAGAGACUAGCCGAGACCUCUCACUGUGGACAAGGAACAUAGUGCAAGGCUGCCACAAUUCAGCUGAGCUCAUCACGGAAAUCACAACCUCUUGCACCUACAAAAACCAGGAGUGCCGUUUGACCAUCCAUUAUGAACAUGGAUUCUCUCUCACAGUUGAACCACAAGAUGGUGCCUUGUCCAAAACAAUUGCACAGUGUCCCUAUGAAAAACUAAAAAUGUCUUCAGAUGAUGGCAUUAGGAUGCUUUAUUUAGACUUCGGAGGCAAAGAUGGAGAAUUUCAACUGGACCUUCAUUCUUGUCCAAAGCCAAUUGUGUUCAUCAUUCAUUCAUUCCUUUCAGCUAAGAUUACAAGACUUGGUUUGGUGGCGUAAGUUACAUCUGUUUCCUAAAAGAAAAAUGAAGCUGCCAUGGUAAUCUGAAGUACAAUCAAUAGAAGACACCUGUAGCUGCUAGCAAUCUACAAAAGAUUGGAGUUCAAUGCAGGGACUUCAGCUCUGGUGAUUCUCCAAGGCCCAGCCUUCAUUUUGAUCAGCUACAAAGGAGGCACACACAGAAAAAGACCAACAGAUUUCAGACUCAGAAUAGUCCUUUAAAUCACUGUCAGUUGCAGGAGACAACAACAUAACUCAUUGUAAAUAAUGGCAAAAAUGGAAUUUUACAAUGUUAAUUUAAAGCCACAUACUGUGCAGUGGAAAUGAGUAUUGUACUGUAUGGGUAGACAUUUCGAAAUCAUAAAUCGUGCCUAUUUCAAAGUAUUUGUUUAUAUAGAGUAAGUAAGGGCUAAGCGGAUGCAAGACUGGGCACUUAUCAGUUGUGAUUCAGAAUAAGGCUUGAUUUUUUUCUCUUUUUUAAUACUAUAUGAAGUGGCGGCUUUACGAAGAUUUAAAAAAAAAAUCAGUAAAAUAUGACUUUCAUCCCAGUUUGUGCUAUUUAAAUGACUUGCUGUUCCAUAAGGAGCCAUGAGAGGCACCCACUUUAAUACCCCAGCGGGUAGGUUGUGUGUAUGUGCAUAUACUCUGGCAGGGUGCUCUAAAGCAGGGGUUCUCAACCUUUUUCUGUCUGACACCAUCCCCCCCAACAUGCUAUAACAACUCCCCAGCCCACCUGUGCCCCCAAAACUAUUUUUCUCAUAUCCAGUAGAUUAAAAGCCUGGGCUGGCAUUAGGGCGUAGCAAACAGGGCAAUUGCCUGGCGCCCCACGCCACAAGGGGUCCCAUGAAGCAAAGUUGCUGGGGCUUCAGCUUUCUGCCCUGGGCUCCAAUGAGUCUGAUGUCAGCCCUGCUCUCUGGUUCAUUUUGGCAUACCCCCACUUGAGAACCUCUGCUCUAAAGCAGCAAAGAGGUCCUUAGUGAACAGCCCAGCACCCAAAUCAGAGCAUUGAGGGGCAUUUUCAAAUGGUCCAUAUGUAAUGAGCAUAUGUGCACAUUCUUGUAGGGGGCACCAAAGUAAUUAUAGGACUUUUGUGGUUAACAGGCUAUUCAACAAGAGAGCACAAAGGGGCCUCUUCAAGUGUCCUUAACUUAUGAGCACACAGGGUAAACUUUUUGAAAGAACUAACCUAACUUUAAGAGCCUAAGUCCCACUGAAGGUCAGGGGCACCUAGUUGCUUUUGAAAAUUUUACCCGCAAGACAAGUUACAGUGCCUCACUUAACAUUGUGACCUAGUAGUAUGUCCUGCUGCUAAAUCAGUUAAAUUGAAAUAGAUUUCAUUAAGAAACAUGUGUGGCUCUGUAAUAAUUCAUUUAAAAAUGUAUUUGAGAUUCAAAAAGUGGCCUGAGAAUUUAGUAGGAGUGGAAUGAAAAACUGUUGAUCAAGUUGAAUUUAUAUCACUUUUAAGCUGCAAACAGAACUAACUCUUUGAAAUAGAUAUUCAUAAUAUGUUGACACUAAAGCCACAUUUUGAACGCCAGGCUCUUAGAAAGAAGCAGAAGUCAUGAAUGUGAUUGCUUGCAGAAGUUCAGCUGUAGCAUUACAAUGAUUUGAAUUUCUUUUUAAACUUUACAAGUAAAGUAAGUUUUAAUUUAAAUAAAAAGAAGAACAGGAGUACUUGUGGCACCUUAGAGACUAACAAAUUUAUUAGAGCAUAAGCUUUCGUGGACUACAGCCCACUUCUUCGGAUGCAUAUACCUUUAAUUUAAAUGUCACUCAACUGGCAAAGAAAACAAAUCACACAUACUAAAUAAUAAAACAGUGAUUCCAUUGUAAUUGUUUUUCAGUUGAGGUCUUGAGCACAGUAAAUAAGUCAAAUCUGUUUCCACAUACAUAAAGCUUUAAUUUAUGGUGGUUUUCAUACAUAUGUUAAUUAGUAAUAGAAAAAUACUCAUUUUAAAAUUUUAAAGAGAUGCUGGGCUGAAUUCACAAACACUGUAUUGUACUUGCAAAACGUUAUACCCAAGAGGGUAAUUUUUGAACAAUACACAAAUAUAGUUAUCUUCACAAAAAUGGUGAAAGUGAUUUGCCUAUCUAGUAACUUUCAUUUCUACCUUAAUGGCACUUACAAUAAGGAAUUAAAACUUAUUUUAUAUCCACCCCCCCCCCCCCAAAUAAAUGUUAAAUAAUUUGCCAGUAUUUUCCUUUCAUGCAGUUAUCUGUGGCAGAUCUUUGAUCUCUUCUGGUUUAGGUAUGCAUGAUUUUAGGGUUACCUCUUUCAGGGAGGCUAGUAGAGGGUUGGGCCUUUGAUCAUAGAAUCUAUUUCAGUAAAAGCCUAUGCAAAAUGUAUCAAAAAGUAAAUGCCAAGGUUUGUGAAUUUAACAGAGGCGGCAUCGCCCCUGAAACCUUCUAGAUCACAUAAUGCAAAGUGUUUUUUCUUCAAGUACUAAAUGUUUAUGCAUUUGGACCCCUGUUCCUAUAGAAAUUUCAGAGAGUCAAGCUGCAGCUUGUGUACUGUGGAUAAGAGUCAAUACAUAUGUAACUUAUACUGCACUAUGUCCUUAUUCCUUUAACACGUAAAGUCACUGGAAUGUUAUAUAAACAUGUAUGUUCAAUGUAAAUAAUCAGAAAUCAUUAGUAUCAAUAAUUAAAUUACACAGUACGUAAUCUAAGGUGCUCAGUUCUAUAUGAAGUAUAAGUGAAUAACUAAAUAGUUUGCAAAGAAAGUCCAUAUUAUAUAUUUAUAGACAAAUUAAAAAUUAUGGUAAUUACAAAUGUUAUAUCUUCAUCAUUUACAGAUUUUGGAGUGAUUCAUAUUUGGAUGGGAUUGACAAAAUAUGGGCCUACUCCACAUUUAUAAGAGUAUAGUUUAUAUUUUAGAGGAAAAGAAUAUAUUUAAUAAAAGUCAUUUAUUCGA